AUGCUUGUUAUUUUCCAACUUACACUUCUUGCUUUUAUUGGACUUUCAUUAGCUCUUGUUGUUGGAGUACCAGUACUCCUUGCGUCACCUGAAGGAUGGGCACAAUCAAAAGGUCUUGUAUUAUCAGGAUCUGCACUUUGGAUGCUUUUAGUAUUCGUAGUUGGAGCACUUAACUCUUUUGUAUCGUAA